CGAGUCAACGACACAUUGAUCCAGUGAGCCGUGUUAUUAUCAUCCUGUCUUAUCGAUCCAACCCCCUCGAGCGUCACCAUGUCACAGCCAUUCUGGCAUACCGUGCCAUCUCCGGAAGAUACGGAGCCUAUCCCCAACUUGAAACUUCCGCCGAAGCUUUGGCAUGUUCAGCAUUUCCAAUCCCGAUCGAUCAAUCUCAAGGACGGUGGCUUCCAAGCCCGGAACCCUUUCCUUGACAUCCGUACCUGCGAUGCGCUGAAGAUGGCGGCAGGUAGGCAUUUCAGAUGGGGGACACGGGACUGGGAUUCCUGUUUCCUCUCUGCCUUCGACGAUCAGGUUCACGCAGAUAAUUGGGCCAAGUUAUGGUGCCUUGAGAAACCCGUCCUUGUCUACGAGUUGGACACGGCCAAGUUACCAGCUGGCACCACACUAUUCCAGUCAACCGCGCUGUGUCGAUCCUUGGAUAUUCGUCACCCGUGGAUGGAGGACGAAUGGAUCUUCUAUCAGCAAAUUCCAGCUAGCUGUAUCGCUAGACGAUACUAUCCUUGGAGCAACUAUGAGCGCAUCUUCCAAUCCCCAAUAAAUCUCACGGUCUUGGCUGAGGUUCUCGUGGGUGCCAAAUGGCUUCCCCCACGGAAUACCGACGGGCCUAGGCCGCCAAGUCCGGCCGAGACUGAAGAAGACCAGGACGACUUGGACGCCUUAACCGGUAGGAUGAACGGGUUAGAGCUCGAGAAUGAUGCCAGCAUAUCAGAAGGCGAUGCCUGCGAGGACGAUGAGUCAAUACAGGAGGCUGUCAAAAUCAAUCCGGCCGACGACGCACCCAACGGCAUUGCUUCGGCACCCGAGGAAGAUGUUGAUGCCAAUCCGAUCGUUUGUGCACCAAACCACAGUGAUUCAAUAAGGCAAGAGGGCACCGACUCUAGACUGACCGACGAUACCCCGAAGACCAAUAAUGCAGCAACAGAGGACACCGAUCCUACGCCAACUCUUGAUACACCGUCGACCCCGGAGAUGGGCACUGACACUCAACUCAGCGGCGAAACCAUAGUGGCUGAGGAUUCAACACAAGGAGAAGAGGUUAUCAAUUCCGUUUCGAAGGAUGAUUCGUCCAGGGCCAAUUCUGGUGGCCCCUUCCAGCAGAAGAUCAUCUGCCAGGUCAAUAAGGAGAUCUCAGGAACCAAAUCGAGUUUCUCGGUGAUGGUGCAGUUCGAAAUCCGGGCCGCAGAGGUGGUUUAG